AUGUCGGCUCUCAGCCUGCUCAUUCUGGGUCUGCUCACUGCGGUGCCACCCGUCAGCUGUCAGCAAGGCCUGGGAAAACUGAAGCCCUGGAUGCAGGGUCUCAUUGCUGUGGCUGUGUUCCUGGUCCUUGUUGCAAUUGCCUUUGCUGUCAACCGCUUCUGGUGCCAGGAAGAACCGGAGCCUGUGAACAUGGUCAUGAUGGGUGGAAACAAGGCAGAGGAGGUCCUGGUAGGGACAGAUGGAAGGUACUCCUCCAUGGCGGCGGGCUUCAGGUCCACUGAGUAUGAAAACGCCUAUGAGAACAUCUCUGUGGAGGAGGGCAAUGUCCGGAGCACUCCCAUGUGA